CAUACGUUACACGGUUUCCGUUACCGUAUCCCGUUGAUAAGUCCGGUUACCGCGAUAACCGACAAUAAUGAAGACCUUUGACUUGGAUUUGAGCUAAUGAGACAAGCAUUAGUAGCUUCCAAUCCAGAUGAUAUCCUUCCAUGUUUGUACCAACAUUGACCAAUGAUGGCUACCAAGUGUACUAAUGUACUGACAUUUUCUUAGGGCCCCAACAACAUAAAAUUGACCGGAGUAGACCACCUCAUCAGUGUGGGCCCAGCGGCGCAGCCACCACAAAAUCCCCUGCGUGUCUUCCGAGUUUUAAAACCGAACAGCCAAAAAGAAGACCAAAGGGAAAAAAAAUCUGACCAUUUCUUGAUUUCUUCUUCUCCCUUCUCUCUCUCCAUCACUCCAUGGACCAAGAGAAGCAUCAAGCCAUGGCCGGCGCUGCCGACGCCGCCGCCGGCGGUGGCUCUGUUGCGAAGGACACGGGCGACGAUUUUGAGUUCUGUGUACUGUCGUCCGGUGGGCUCGUCUCUGCCGGCGCCGGCGCCGCGGCGGCCGACAUGUGCGUGGCCGACGAGGUGUUCUCCCAGGGGAAGCUGCUGCCUCUAAGGCUCUCGUCGGCGGCGGCUGGCGAUGCGGCCGGGCUUGGUGUUCUGCCGCGGUCGGAGUCGGUGGCGUCCACCGUGGGGUUCGGCUCGCGGUCCGACAGCCGGAGCGCGAGCUCCAGCGGCAGCAGCAGCGGCUGCGUCAGCCGGAGCGAGUCGUCCAAGAGCGCCUCCUCCGACCACUCCGCCGCGCAUCCGCCGCCGCAGCAGCAGCAGCAGCCGCGGCGGUCUCUGUCGAGCAGCCUGUUCUACGCGCACCCGAGCCCGUCGCCGCAGCUGCGCACCCGGCCGCCGCGCCGCAGCACCGGGUCGGCUCCCCCGCCGCCGCCGGCCACCGCGUGGGGCAUCUUCCGCCUCGGCGUCGUCGGCGCCCCGGACGUGUACCCUCCACGCUCCACAGAUUCCAAGAACGCCGCCGCCGCAGCAAAAGUCGGCAGCAGCAGGAGCGCACGGUUCGAGCCGGCGAGCACCGCCGCCGACAAGAAGCAUCCGGUGGUGGGUCUCUUCGGCGACAGCUUCGGGUGCAAGUGCUCCCCCGACGUGGUGGAGCCAGUCACCUUGCCGGCGGCGGCGAAGAGGGCCAAGGCCAAGAACAAGAACAAGGCCGGCGACAAGAAAGCUCAGAGUGUUCGUCGCAGCAGGAUCCUGGACUGGUUCGAGGAACUAACCAUCACCAAGAAGUAGUAAAUCUUUCGCGUAAAAGAUCGUGUAAUUUUUUUUUCUCCGAGUUACUCUGUGAUCAAGGUAACAUCAUCAUUUUAGUUCUUAAAUUUCGAUCAUUAGAAUUUCAUUCCUCUGAUUAACCGGCCGCAGUCCUUAAGACAUAAGUUUUCUUUCAACUUGUUUUGUACAGAUUACCCUUAAUCCGUAUAUUAAUUACCUUCGGAAUUGUCGCGAUGACACCUGCAGAGGUCGCAGUAUAUAUUCUUGUUUCAGAUGUCG